AUGACUUCCCUUUCCAAUUUUAUUUUGAUUUCUGAUGCGUUGAUAGAGUUCAAUGCAGAUAUUUGUGGCGAGACCCUAUCCUCUUCAACAGUUCACUCUUUGGAGGUACACAAAGAGGAGUUAAGAAAUCUAUGGCUACGUGUUAGGCCAGUUUAUGAGUCCAGUAUGAGCGAGGUCUCAAGAUCUGACGAAAAUGCAAAGGUUGAUAUUGAGACGUUGAAAGCUCGAUACCAGACUGCAUACCAGACAUAUGUUUCCAGUAUUUCUAGGAUCUGCGAGCAGAUUGAGCUCAAGAGGGCAAUUUCGACAGCAUCUUCCGCUCCAGUGGUGCAGAAUUCCGACAUAGGUCUCCAUUCUAACGUUCAUUUACCCCCUUGCGACAUUGAGGCAUUCUCCGGUGAUUAUUCCAGUUGGCCGUCAUUUCGUGAUUUAUUCACCGCUCUUUAUGUUCGGAAUGCACGAUUGUCUUCCGUGGAGAAGUUGUUUCACCUUAAUAAUAAGACUCGCGGUGAAGCACUGGAAAUUGUUCGAAAGGCUCCACUUACGAAUGAGGGGUUUGAUGUCGCAUGGGGGGCUUUACGAGCAAGAUUUGAGAAUAAGAGGCUGCUUAUAAAUACCCAGCUAAGGAUUCUCUUUAGUCUUGAAAACGCUUCUGUCGAAUCCAGUGAUUCUAUUAAGAGACUUCGAAGCGCCAUUAAUGGGGUUAUAUCUGCAUUGAGGCUGUAUGACGUUGAUAUUUCAAGUUGGGAUCCUGUAUUUGUGUAUCAUUGCAGCACGAGACUCUCAGAGACUACACUGUCACUGUGGGAACAUUCGUUGCAGGAUAAGAGGGAGAUCCCCUCUUGGAAUGAACUUGAUUCAUUUUUGACCAGCCGCUUUCAGACUUUAGAGACAGUAUCCGAUUUUAAUAGGUCAUUACCGUCCGCUAGUUCGAAUGAUAAGCCCAAGAAUCAGGCCAAGAGUAACAUUCCGAAACGUGUGGGCUCAUAUCAGAAUAGUUUGGCUCCUCCAGUUUGCAAGCUUUGCCCAGAUGAACGUCACACUAUUCGAUUGUGUCCACGCUUUAUUUCUAUGAAUUAUUCUGAUCGAUUGUCGUGUAUAAAAAAGUACAAAUUGUGCUUAAAUUGCUUCUCGAAGGCUCAUGGGGUUAGGGAUUGCAAGAGUGCUUAUAACUGUGGUGAGUGUCAGAGAAGACACAACACUCUUCUUCAUAGAGAUGUGCCUGAGCCGGUCCAAAAUGCCCCUCCAGCCGAGGAUCCCACCGUGGGGGACAAUACAUUGCAGGUUCAGUCUUGUGCCGCGACUCGCAUUAACAUGGUUCUCUUGGGAACGGUGGUAGUUAAUAUUGUCUAUAAUGACGAGAUUUUCCCUGCACGGGCCUUGAUAGAUUCGGGUUCCGAGGCAUCCUUCAUCUCUGAGAAACUUUUUAAUCAAUUACGGUUACCCUCUAAAUUCGCUUCCACCAAGAUAUUUGGUUUGAAUGGGACUACUUCGGCUCAAUCCAAAAGAAUGUGUUCGUUGACCAUCGGAUCUCGAUUUGAUGCCGAGGUAGUCAUUGAGGCAACGGCCAUAGUUAUUCCACAUCUCACAUCGGCUUUGCCCACUUUUGGUGUUGAACGGGGAAUAUUUUCAUCACUUCCCGAUUUGCGACUUGCUGACCCGGAGUUUUACAAGACCUCACAUAUAGAUAUGUUACUGGGUGCUGACUUGAUUCCGUUUAUCAUGCUGGGUGGAGUUCGGCGUAACGUAUGCGAUUCACUUAUAGCUCAGGAGACGGUGUUCGGAUGGAUUUUGACUGGCCCGGUCAAGUUGUCUCCGAUUAGCUCCUUUAACGCCCGUGUCUCCUUUUUCAAUGGGGCUUCCUUGGAUAGGCAGAUAUCUAGGUUUUGGGAGGUGGAAGACCUUCCCAGACAUAGAGAGAUGAGUCCAGACGAUUUCAUAUGCGAAGAGAAUUACAAGAAUACGACUAGAAGGGACUCCUCCGGACGUUAUAUUGUAUCUCUUCCAUUCAGAGAGGGGUUCCCCCACUCCCUUGGCUUGGGACACUCCCGAAAGUUGGCGGUAGCCCAGUUUCUUCGGAGUGAGAAGCGUCUUCUUGGAACGCCCGAUGUUAAGGCUCAGUAUGACGCUGUUGUUAAUGAGUAUCUUGAGCUGGGACAUAUGAGGGAGGUAUGCCAGGAUCCGGAAUUAGGUUAUUACCUUCCUCACCACGCGGUGUUUCGUCCAGAGAGUUCGUCUACGAAGAUCCGAGUAGUGUUUAACGCUUCAAGCCCGACUAGCAAUGGACGAAGCUUGAAUGACGUUUUGCUCAGUGGGCCAUCCUUGCAGCUCGAUUUGACCCUGUUACUCCUACAGUGGCGUUUCUUCCGCUAUGUUUUUAACUGUGACAUCGAAAAGAUGUACCGCCAAAUUCUGGUGGAUAAUGAACACACACGCUUUCAUAGGAUUGUCUUUCGUGACUCGCCCUUGAAUGCCAUUAGAGAAUACGAAUUGAAGACAGUCACGUUUGGGGUCAAUUGUGCUCCAUAUCUUGCGAUACGCACGCUCCUGCAAUUGGCUGAAGAUGUGGGUGAGAUCUAUCCUAUAGCCAGCCACAUUUUGAGGACAUGCAUGUAUGUCGAUGACGUUUUGGCUGGCGCUCACGAUAUUGAGGAGGCUAUGGAGGCUCAACGUCAACUGAUAGGGGCACUUGAAUCCGCAAAAUUCUCCCUAAGAAAAUGGACUUCGAAUUCCGCUACCUUCCUACGAAACAUUCCGAAGGAGCAUCUUUUGAACGGAGACUUUCUUCAACUCGAGGAUAGAAGCACUGCGAAGACUUUGGGAGUGCGCUGGAAUGCCAAGUCCGAUUCUUUUUAUUUUUCCGUUGAGAGAUUGAGUAUUCCUUCCCAUCCCACUAAACGGCAGGUCCUUUCGGAAAUAUCGAAGCUUUUCGACCCUGCGGGGUGGUUGUGUCCUUUUAUUGUUUUGGCCAAGUUACUAAUGCGGGACAUUUGGGUUUCAGGAAUUGACUGGGACGAUAAGUUGUCCCCUUCACUUCUCGCGAAAUGGCAGGACUUUUCCAAUAAUUAUCCAAGUAUAGAGCAGAUUGUGAUUCCACGUUGGAUAGACUAUUCUCCGGAGUUUGAUGUCCAAAUUCAUGGGUUUUCCGACGCUUCCGAGAAAGCGUAUGCCGCUGUGGUUUACAUUCGUGUUGAAUCACCAUCCGGUGUGGUAACGACACAUCUUCUGACGGCAAAAUCUCGUGUAUCUCCUCUCAAGACAUUGUCGAUUCCUAGAUUGGAGCUUUUUGGAGGACCAAUCCUAUCCAUUGCUGAAAACUCUGAAUCCGAAACCAACUUAUCCAUUUUAAACCGUUGGCGUCGAGUAAAGGCAAUUUCCCAGCAAUUCAGCACUCGUUGGAAACAUGAGUACUUAAAAGAGCUCCACAAAAGACAAAAAUGGCAAAACCCCCAAAAGAAUAUUGACGUAGGUGCUCUGGUUGUUAUUAGGGACGAAGCUCUGGCUCCUACCGAAUGGAGAUUAGGACGAGUCUCAAAGAUUUACAAAGGCAAAGAUGGUUUAGUCCGGGUGGCAGAUGUUAUCACUCAAAGGGGUACUAUUACGCGGCCUUUGGUAAAACUUGUUCUACUUCCUUAA